AUGACAAAGACGGCGAUGAUGAACAGGCGGCGAAGCGAUUUUUUUAACCCUCAAUUUCAGAUCUGGCAGUUCGUCCCUCAAUCUGAUCAUUCUUCGCUCGGAACAGUUUCUAAAAUCAUUCUGCAGCAUUCACAUCAAAGCCAACCUCCCUCGCCCCUGGCUGCCCGACCACUUUCUCUGGUUGGUCUCAAACGACCAUCGCUGGUCGACAGUCAAGAACUACGCCCAAUGCGUCAAGAUACAACCAACGAGGACAAGCUAGCUUACGAUCUCUCCGAGCGAGUCUGUCAAAUUAUGCAAACGGCUGUUCCUUCGCUUAGAGCGAGAAAAAUUGCCACGCUUUGCCAAAGAGCUAAAUCCAUCCCGGAGCGCGUCAUUAAACAACGAUCCUGCGCCGCCGCACUUCUGACCAGAGUAGACUCGAAUUUGGUUCUUUCGCUCGAAACUCUUCGUGAAUGGAGAGACAAAAUGAUGGCCAUAAACGCGCAGCGAAAUGAGGAUUGCGAGAACAACGAAGAUUUGGACGGAACGAUCGGCCGUUUUUACAGCUCCAUGACAAGAAAAAUCACGAAGGCGCAAAGAAAGCCGAGAAAAUCGAAAUCGAGAGGAAAGAAAAACUGA